AUGAAGGUUCUCGCUGCGAUCACCGGACUGAUCGUGGCCGCCGAAGGCGCGGCCCUGGGGCCGCAAGAGCCAACCGCCCUCCAGUCAGUCCUGAGCCUCGGAAAGUCAGACCCGUGGAAACCACCCAAUAUCCUGUUGGUGAUCACCGACGACCAGGAUCUCGAGCUGGACUCGAUCUCAUAUACGCCAUUGAUCGAGAAGCACCUGCGACAGAAGGGCACCUUCUUUCGCAAUCACUUUGUGACAACUGCGCUGUGCUGCCCGUCGCGAGUCAGCCUGUGGACGGGUCGCCAGGCGCAUAACACGAACGUCACGGACGUGAACCCGCCAUAUGGUGGCUACCCCAAAUUCGUUGAUCGUGGCUUCAACGAAAAUUUCUUGCCCGUCUGGCUCCAGGAAUCGGGCUAUGACACGUACUACACCGGCAAACUCUUCAAUUCCCACACCAUCCAUAACUACGCCAGCCCUCAUGUCAAUGGAUUUAACGGCUCCGAUUUCCUCAUGGACCCUUACACAUACUCCUAUCUCAACUCGACCUACCAGAGAAACCAUGAACCCCCGGUCAGUUAUGAAGGACAGCAUACGAUCGAUGUGAUCACCGAUAAAGCGCUUAGAUUUCUGGAUGAUGCCUUAGAAGGCGAACGGCCCUUUUUUGUGGCGGUUGCACCAGUGGCACCACACUCAAAUGUCGACCCACGAGACUUGGAAAAAGGCAAGAUUGUGAUGACGGCUCCCAUUCCAUUGGAGCGCCAUAAGAAUCUCUUCCCGGAUGUGAAGGUGCCCCGGACGCCUAAUUUCAAUCCGGACGAGCCCAGCGGAGCCAGUUGGAUUCGCUAUCUCCCCCAGCAGAACCAGUCCGAGAUCAACUAUAAUGAUCAUUUCUACCGUUCUCGCCUGCGUGCUCUGCAAGGCGUUGACGAAUUGGUCGACUCGCUUGUUUCUCGGCUGGAAGAAAGUGAUCAGCUGGACAAUACCUACAUUAUCUACACCUCGGACAAUGGAUUCCAUAUCGGCCAACAUCGACUGCCACCGGGUAAGACCUGCGGAUUUGAGGAGGAUAUUCGCGUUCCGCUCUUCAUUCGGGGACCCGGCGUCCCGGAGGGGUAUACGCAGGAGUCAGUGACCACACACAUCGAUCUGGCGCCGACCAUCUUUGACCUGGCGGGCAUUCCGCCUCGCGCGGAUUUCGAUGGCACUGCCAUCCCUGUGCAGCCGGAUUUCCUUGGAGCCCGGCAUGAGCAUGUCACCGUGGAGUUCUGGGGGCAGGCGGUGGCGGAAGGGAUCUAUGGUGGGAUUGGCCCCGAUGGAUCAACCAUGAUCCCCAAUAACACAUACAAGUCCAUUCGCCUCCUGGGAGAGGAUUAUAACCUGUACUAUUCUGUCUGGUGCAAUAAUGAACAUGAGUUGUACGACCUUUCGACCGAUCCAUACCAGUUGCAAAAUCUAUAUCCGACCAAUGCCCGGGCCCAUAAAGAGGAUGGGCCGCUGAUGCUCGGCCGUAGCUUGAAACAGGCCAUUGCCCGCUUGGAUGCCCUUCUUCUGGUGUUGAAGUCCUGCCAGGGCACUACUUGCAUUGAGCCAUGGAAGGUCCUCCACCCGGGCGAUACCGUUCGGAGUCUUCGAGAUGCUCUGGACGAGGAGUAUGACUCGUUCUAUGGAGUGCAGCCCCCGGUGUCAUUUGGCUGGUGUGAUGCGGGGUAUAUUGUGGAGGCAGAGGGCCCUCAAGUGCCGCUGACUAGCCGAUAUGGCGUGUCCUGGGAUGUUUGGGUGUAG